AUGGUGAACAAGAUGAUUAUUGAUCUAGAUGUACCUAUCCAGGUGGACGAUGGGAUUGUUCUUCGAGCUGAUGUCUACCGGCCAGAAGUAUCCGGGCAUGCUGCCGGGCUCUUCGAGGGACUACAUGGUUUGGGAAACACCAGAUCCAGACAUGGGUUCCCUGGGGAUAAAUUUGCGUGCGUGUCAACUCUCGGGGAUGUGGCCACUCGCCAGGCAAACUCGACACUUUUUGAACCCGUGAAACCAGAGACUUUUACAAAUGUAUUGAGUGGACAGCGAAACAAUCUUGGUGCAAUGGCAAAGUUGGCUUGA